AUGUCUCUGCACAUCUACAUCGCUCACACAGGUGAGCAUCUACUAGCGGACUCGGGGUCGUUCUCUACAACGGACGCCCUGCGGUCAUGGAUUACACAAAGCACAUCUAUUCCACCUCAAAGACAGAUUUUGAUGACCGCACGUGGGAAGAACGUCAAGAUCCAAACGCUGACCACUGAAAGCGAGAUAUUUGUGUACGAUAGACGAUAUGUUAGCGAACAAGAUAACGCCGAACUCCCAAGCCUUCCGUCUCCACAGCCCCUCGUGCUCGAUAAUCCUCCGGAUACACUCUCCGACCAGAAUGACCUACAAGCCUGGCGGAACCUAUACCUGGCUAGGAAGACAUGGGCCUCUAAGUUGACCACACGAUGUGCAGCGGCGGAUUCAAGUAUCCGCGAGCUCAACGAACGCACCGAAAUCGUCAACCGAGCUGCCGGCGUUGCUCUUGAGAAUCUGAAAACGCACGUGGCCAGCCUGGAGAAUCGAUUCCAAGAAGCACAAACAUGGGCCAGCGAGCUGUCAAAGGAGCAACAGUCAGCACUUGAGGGGUGGAAACGUGCACUUGGAAACCUCGAGAAUGUUUCAGCGCGAAAGGACUUUUCUUUUCUAGGUCGGCCAUCAACGCCCAAGAAGGAUUCCGACAAGGGGACAACGGGGACAUUGCUCGACUAUGUGGAUGCAGGGGAAGUGCAUAAAGCUGGAUCCGACGCGUCUGCAACGUCCUCACGCUUUAUCCAGCAGUUCCAGGAUAUUGAAAAGGCCGUCGGCGAGAUCGCUGCUGAAACCCAGCGGUUACUCGACGAUGUUCCUCCCUCUGGCUCCGACAACGUCGAAGGUCUCCUACAAGAGGUGGAACCGUUGGCCAAGAAAAUCCAGUCCGACUACGAGCAUGUUCUCGCCUUACCCAACAAUCAAAAGGCCUUAGCCAGUAUCUCUAGACUUGCGCUGAAUCAUACCAAGGACAUCUUGCCAUCGAUGCUGGAGAUUGGUCUCGAAAUUCGAGAAGGCUUGGGCGGAGCUGCCAACCAAUAUGAUGCUGCGGCGAAGGCUGCGCUUAAUCAUACGAAACUUAUAUCCUCUAUUGAAUCACGUCUGGCUGACGUACAAUCUCAAAUCGCUAACCUCACCUUCCAAAGCGAUGCUUUCGAUCUGCUGUAUUCUGUCUUUCACAUGCCUCUGGUGUACGGGUCUGUUCUGAUCGAGUCCGUGAGGCGACGGGAAUUCAAUGAUAAGAUGAAGAGCGAUUCAUUGACCUUGGCCGAGGAAAUGUCCGUCUUCCAAGACGAGGAGCAGCGUCGAAGAAAGAAAUGGAUGAAGAAUAUGGAAGAUUUCAUUUCCAUCACGGACACGACCACGCCAGGAAUCGAAGUCAACCUGCGAGGCCACGAUUUUGAAUGGCCCGCGGUUACCAGGAAAGAAAUCGAAUCAUACAUUGAAGAGUUAAAGUCAAAACCUGGCAUGUCCAACGCGGCGCAGGAAUUGGCCCAAGCUUUCAAGGAGAUCGAUGCUCCCACCCGAGUGCAGCGCCGUAGAGCGAAAGCGUUCAAACAGGGAAGUCUAUAUGAUCUAAGCCGCAGCUCCCUCUUACUCCAUAGCGAUGAAAUGGUCCGAAAUUUGAGGGACGAGAAGAACAAACUUGAGGAGAAACUACGCGGUUCGGAGAGCAGGAUCCGAAAACUGGAGGAUCUUCUUCAUCGUCAGAGCCAUAUAGUCCGUCCUGCAAGCGGUAACUUCUCCAUCGACUUUCCCAGCUCUCCGGCAUCGCCUCAUCCUGACCACAUGUCACGGAGAUCGUCGGUAUCGUCACGGCGAAUGUCUGCAAAUCAGACAUCGGAGGAGAAGAACCUCAUUAACCGUAUUGUGCAUCUGGAAGCCGAGCUCGCCAACGAACGCGAGACGGUUCAGCGACUACAGCGGGAGGCUCACGUGGAGCGCCAGUCAAAUACCGAUAAGAUGCAGGAAGCCCAAUCCACGAAGAAUGAUCUUAUCGGAAAUCUGGAAGCUCGACAACGCGAGUUUGGGGACGAGCGGCGGUACCUGGAAGGUGAGGUGAAACGGUUCAAGAUCCGCAUCGAGGAGCUUGAGGAAGAACUAGAUAGAGUCGCCGAUGGCCGCGAUCACGAGAGGCAAGAUUCUGACGAACGUAUGCACCAACUAGAGCUGGAAUUGCAAGAUGCACAUGUCCGUGCGGAUGCAGAAAUGCGGAAAGCCAACAACCUACUCGAGCAGAUGCAAUCUCAUAAGGAUUCGGGAGAUCGCUUCCGAGAACAAGUGGACGAACUGGAGAAACGGGACUCAGAGAGGAAGCAAAAAGACCAAGAAUUUUAUCAGGCAUUGCAGGGUGCCUUUAUGAAUCUGUCACCUGGGGGUACUGUACCCAAUGAAGUCGCAGACAUCAUUAAGGCAAUUGACGUGCUUUCUGAAGGCUUAACGAUCCACGCCAAUACUGCCGAGGACAACGCUACAAAGUCAGCAGCAGAGAAUAAAACUCUAACGGAGCAGCUCGAGAAGAUGGAGUCAGAAUCUAAGACAUUAAAGAGCGCUUCAGAUGGUUACAAGUCCGAGCUGGAAAAGGCUCGGGAAGAGCUCGAGCAGGAGAAGUCAAAGUUGGCUUCUUUGAAAUCUGAGUUAAACGAUGAAAGGACUAGACUCGGUGAGCUGGAGUCGAAGCUUGCAGCCGGCGAGACAGGCGCCGGUGCCCUACGUGAACAUGUUGCAGAAGAGGAGCAGAAGGUUACUGAUAUAUCUGAACAACUCGCUGAAGUGGAGGCACGGGCUCGCCGUUCGGAAGAGGAGGUCUUGCAAUGGAAGAAGAGGGUUGAAGUCCUAUCCGAAUCCGAUAAACAGACUACUGCGAAAGUUGAUGUUCACACGCCAAAGCUUGAGGAGCUUUCACAACAACUGUAUGCUCAAGUGGAGAAGUUGGGGCGCAUGUUGGAGCAACUAGGCUUUACUGUCAUCCGGCAAGAUGGCGAGAUUGUUGUCCAACGGUCAUCCAAAGUCAAUGCACUAUCCGCUACUGCUGACACUCUGGCUCAGUCUGGAGUGGUGUCGGUUAAACCAGAUGCAGCCCUUCUGGGCUGGAUGCAGGCCAAUACUCCAGAUGAACAAGCCGACAAGUUCAAGGCCUUCAUGGAGUCGUUGCAUCAGUUCAAUGUGGACAUAUUCGGAGACGCGGUUGUGAAACGAGUGAAAGACAUCGAACUGCUCGCCCGGAAAUGGCAGAAAGAAGCCCGUGGGUACCGAGACAAAUACCAUCGCGUGCAAAGCGAAGCACACGACAAGAUUGCCUAUCGAUCCUUCAAAGAGGGCGACCUUGCACUUUUCCUACCAACUCGGAACCAAGCCAUUCGGUCGUGGGCCGCGUUCAAUGUCGGUGCACCGCACUAUUUCCUACGAGAGCAAGACUCUCAUAAGCUUCAAGCCAGAGACUGGCUCCUCGCACGGAUCACCAAGAUCGAAGAGCGGGUUGUUGAUCUGUCCAAGUCCAUGAACGGCGGUAACCCUGAUCGCCAAUCGAUCGGCGAGGCAAGCGAUGCUGCUUCAAUUGACGAUGAAAACCCGUUUGAGCUAUCAGACGGCCUCCGCUGGUACCUCCUAGACGCCGCGGAAGAAAAGCCAGGUGCACCAGCAACUCCCGGCCUUGGAAAGAGCACCGUCGCGCCAGCGCAUGUCGACGCCCGGGGAAGCAUCCGGUUAAAACGCACCCCAGCCGGAGCAAAUGUUACAAAAACACUCACAAAGAGCCUCGACAGUCGGAGGAACAGCUCUGCCUCCAACAGGAAGGCGCCAGCUCCCACAUCAGCACGAGCAAACGACUCGACAGCAGAGGGCGACACUGCUGCCAGCUCCCAGUCCCAGCUACGAGAGCGCGAGCGCGAGGCAGCUCCCAUAUUCGAUGAGGUUCGCCGCGACCUACUCCAGGGUCCGUGA